AUGAUAGCCCCUCGGACAGGGAUUCCCCUCAGACUCUAUAUUACCUCGACAGAGCGCUCUAUUGGGGCGCUCCUCGCUCAGGAAAAGGACGGUCAAGAGCGCCCCGUGUAUUACAUCAGCCGAGUUGUGCAAGGUGCCGAGGCACGCUAUUCUUUGAUAGAACGCCAUUACCUCUUCCUCGCCUUUGUAGCUAAGAAAUUCCGCCAUUAUUUCUUAGCCCAUGCCAUUCAUCUUAUCACCAAGUGUGACCCGUUGAGAUAUCUGCUCUCGCGUCCAAUCAUUUCGGGGCGAGUGGCACGGUGGCUCUUAAUCAGAGUACUGGGUCUUCUGGCGGCCCUGGAAGCUAAAAUCAAGCGGUUGCACGUGCAAGGGGAUUCAAACUUGGUGGUAAAACAACUAGAUGGCUCUUAUGCUAUCGAAGAGCCGGCUUUGGUAGCAUAUAGAACUAUUAUCCAGAAGCUCAGUGGUCACUUUAGUGAGCUCCAAAUAACCCACGCACCGAGGGCUGCUAACCGGCAUCCGGACGCCCUGGCCACUCUGGCAUCCAAGGUUGAGAUUACAGGAGAAUCACUGAAGUGCGGCACGGGCGAGGUUCCUUUGUCGGAACUAAAAAAUUUUGCAUUGUAUUUUGGAGUGUUGUACUUUAGAGCGCCUGGCGGAACCUUGGCAAGAUGCAUCAGAGAAGAAGAGGCGGGAAAAGUAUUGGAUGAAAUUCACAGUCACACCUGCGACGAUAAUUCCUUGAGUCUAUACCGAAGAAUACAAAGGCAAGGGUAUUACUGGCCGCGCAUGGCAAAGGAUGCUGCGGCUGUACAAAAGGCGUGUUCUGAUUGUCGAGAAGUGUUCGAGGGGUCUCAUUAUGUAGCCAAUGUUGAAGAAGACUGA